AUGGAAGGCAUGACGAAGCUCGCCAGAUUACGACCGCUGGGUAAACUGGAGCAGAUCUCUGCAGCGUGCCACCAUCUGGGCUAUUUCAAGAAUGUCGGCGUCUCUGCUCACUACCAGCUGUCGCCGUCCGAGCCUGGUUCGCCUACGAAUCUGACUCUGACUACAAGGGGCUUGCGCCGCCUCGUCUAUACUGCCAUAAAGGAGACAGUCCGCAGGCACCGUAUUCUGUCUGCGAUCCCUGUCAACGAGGGAUCUCCUGAGGCCUAUUUCGGCGCUCUGCCCUCUAUUGACCUCGCCCGAACCAUCGCGUUCCAUCGACGGUCUAAGCCUGUAGCAGACGGUGGAGAAGGAGAGGACCGAGAGCUGGAUGAAGUCCUCCAAGACCAACACAACACCAACUUCAAGGCUGAUGAGGGCAAUCUCCCAUUCUGGCGGCUGGUGGUCCUUCAUGAUCUCGAAGACACAAAAGCCUUCACCGUCUCCUUUAUCUACCACCAUGCCAUUGGUGACGGGGUCGCCGGCGUGGCGUUCCACAACACCUUCCGUCAGUCUUUGAACGCGGCUGUUGUCGAAGCUGAGGUUACAUCUGUGAUCACCGCGCCGCAUCAGGAUGCCACACUCCCGCCGCCUCUGGAAGAAAUACACCCCCUACCUUUGAAUUCAGCCGCUGCAGCACCCACAACAGUGUCGGAACUUACCGAAUGGGCGGGAGGCGCCAUCAGCACACCGUGCCGGACGCAUUGGCAGUCGCUCUACGUCGCACCCGACGCCUCAAAGACCUUCUUCCAGGCUUGCAAAGAGAAGGGGCUUUCUGUCACGUCUGCAUUGUCAUCGGCCCUCGCGCACGCAGUCUUUGACGUUCUCCCCAAGACGCAGGGGGCUUUGACCUGCAUCAUCCCCGUCGACCUUCGCCCUUGGCUGCAGCUCCCUCCAGAGACGUCCACUGCCGCCAUGGGGACAUAUUUUGACGCCAUGCGUGUGCGGUUCACCCGCACGGAAUCAACAGCAGACGCGUGGGCGAGUGGGCACAAGGUGGCCGAGGCGCUUCAUGCCUACCGCAAAAAUGUCUCGCCCUCGGGAGAGCCAUACACGUCCGUAGCCGCAUUCCAGGGGAUCCCGGACGUUGCCAUGAUCUUUGAGUCUCUGCCUGGAAAACCGCGCGAUGCAGCCCUAGAAGUGACCAACAUUGGCGUCUUCCCUAGUGCAGGCAGUGAGACUGGCGAAGCAGACGUGGCAGUGUGGAAGGUGGGCAAGGUGCUGCUCAGUCGCAGCGCUGUCGUGUCGGGUGCGGCUGUGACCAUCAGUGUGGCCACUGGUGGGAAUGGAUCGAUGACAGUGGGUUUCAGCUGGCAAGACGGGGUCGUGGAGAGUGAUUUGGUCAACCAGGUUAAGGAAAGGAUAGACCUGCAUGUUCUCAGCGUCCAUGCUGAUCAGCGAUCACCGCUAUCAUUCCCUCUGGACAUCAUCGAACAAAGGCAAGGCUUCAGCUCCGCCGGAAUGGACCCAUAUCCGCACCCGUACUCCCAAGCUUCCAAGCUGGACUCAAGGAUCAAGGAUCCUCGCCCUCCCAUUGAACCGACCUUGGCACCAAUUAUUGACUUAUGCCAGCUGCCCGAGGCGCUGAGUCUAGAUCUCAUGCGCGGGACGGGCCAGGAUGAGAUCUUCGCCUAUACAGCGGACACGGUGCUCCAAAGUGCCCCCACCUUGAAGCACACGGAAUACUCGAUACCAGAGCACAAUGGCAUCUCUGUUCUCCUCUCCGUCUUUUCUCCCAAGAAGCCAACUUCUCAGGCACUGCCCGCCUUGUACCACAUCCACGGGGGAGGCAUGGUCUCUGGUGAUCGGUUCACCGCCCUGCCCGAGUUGUUGGACCUGCUCAGGGGCAUCGAGUGCGUUGUGGUGUCCGUAGAAUACAGGCUCGCGCCAGAGACACGUGCUCCUCUUCCCGCCGAGGACUGCUACGCUGGACUGGCAUGGACUUGGGAGCACGCAGGGGACUUGGGUGUAGACCCAUCUCGCAUCGUGGUUUGGGGUGUCUCAGGCGGUGCUGCCCUAGCGGCCGCUGUCUGUCUCAUGACACGAGACCGACAGCGUCGGGAUGCUGACGCCCCCACACCCUUUGUCAAGGCGCAGAUGCUCGUGACGCCCAUGCUGGACGAUCGCUGCCACACCGUGUCGGACAAGCAGUUCGAGUACGGCAGCCCCAUGUCCGGCGUCGCUCUCCGUAUGGCCUGGGACCACGUCCUCGGCCAAGACCGGGGCACGGACAAGGUGAACUCCUACCAGGCCCCCGCGCGCGAGCAAGAUUUGUCGGACCUGCCCCCGACAUACAUUGACGUGGGCGAGUGCGAGGCUUUCCGCGACCCUGCCGUCCUCUAUGCCAUGAACAUGUGGCGGUGUGGCUCGACAUGCGAGCUGCAUGUGUGGCCAGGAGCUUUCCACAUGUUCGACGGCAUGGACAACCCAGGGGUGCCGCUGAUUCAGAGCGCCAUUCUAGCCAAGAAGAGCUGGCUUGCGCGGAUGAUGAGUGACGGAUGA